GAACAUCUUCAAUUGACCCGUACACUUCUGUGAAGGGAUUGGCCGUGAUGUCAAGUGAGUCGUUUGUGUUGGUGACGGGAGGAGCUGGAUACAUUGGAAGCCAUACAGUGUUGGAGUUACUCAACUAUGGAGUCUUCAGACCUGUUGUAGUGGACAACAUGACAAACGCAAGUUACGGUGUAUCAGGUGAAGAAGGAGGCAACAGCUUACAACUUCCAGAGAGCUUGAGGCGAGUUCAAACAAUCACUGACAAGAAGGUGUAUUUUCAUGAAGUUGAUCUUUUGGACAAGCCAGCUCUGAAGGCUGUUUUUGAACAGUAUGACUUCACGUUUGUGAUACAUUUUGCGGCACUGAAGGCAGUUGGAGAAUCAGUACAGCUUCCUCUCUUGUAUUAUCAAGCAAAUAUUACUGGAACACUCAACCUACUUGAGGUAAUGAAGGAAUUUGGAGUCAAGAACAUUGUUUUCUCAUCAUCUGCCACUGUCUAUGGUAAACCAAAAUACCUCCCUAUUAAUGAAGAUCAUCCUGUAGGACAAGACAUUACAAAUCCUUAUGGGAGAACGAAAUACUUUAUUGAGGAAAUUUUAAAAGAUGUUGCAAGGGCUGAAUCUGGUUGGAAUAUAGUUAUACUAAGGUACUUUAAUCCAGUUGGAGCUCACAAGUCAGGAAGUAUUGGGGAACAUCCCAAAGGUCCUCCUGGUAAUUUGAUGCCAUAUGUUGCUCAAGUAGCUGUUGGCAGACGGAGUGAACUGAAAGUGUACGGCGACAGCUAUGAAACUUGUGAUGGAACAGGUGUUCGAGAUUACAUUCACGUUGUGGAUCUUGCUGAAGGUCAUGUGGCAGCUGUUACAAAAUUGGAACAGGGCUGUGGCCUUAAGGUCUAUAAUCUUGGCACAGGAUCUGGUUAUUCUGUGUUAGAAAUGGUGAAAGCACUAGAGAAAGCUUCUGGAAGAAAGGUACCAUAUAUUGUUGAAGGUCCAAGAGACGGUGAUGUUCCUGCUAUAUUUGGAAAUGCUGAUCGAGCUGCUGCCGAACUAAACUGGAAACCAAAACGAGGUCUUCAAGAGAUGUGUGAAGAUUUAUGGCAUUGGCAAUCAAAGAAUCCAGAUGGUUAUGACACUCUUGAGCUGUGAAUCCGUUAACUAUUUAUUCUUAUUAAUUUUGACAGGAAUAGAGUUCCUGAAUGAGUGUUUUUGUAUACAAAAUGUGACAUGUUUGGUGCGUUUGUGGGAGUGAUGUUAUAUUCUGUUUACACAUUAAUUUUAUUCUUUGACUUAUCAA